GCGCCCGGGCCAGGCCCGCUGUCCUCCCCACCCCCGGCGCGCACGGGGUGGAACCGGCUCCCUUCCCUCCCUCCGGCGGCGGCGACGGCGGCGGCCGCUGAAUGAGAGGCGCCGACUGCUCCGGCAGCCGAGCUGAGCCCGGGCGGCGGCGGCGGCGGAGCGUGAGGCCGGCGUGGUCGUUUCAUCCUCCCGGGCACCAGCCGCGGCGGCACAGGAUUAACAAUGUAUUUGUGGCCUUGGACAUGAAGCAGUUAGCCUUCUGUUACUGCUAACAGUGUCAGGGACUGAUGUGGGAAGCAUGGACCUAAUGAACGGGCAGGCAAGCAAUGUUAGUAUUGCUGCUACUGCUUCUGAGAAAAGUAGCAGUUCUGAAUCAUUAAGUGACAAAGGUUCCGAAUUGAAGAAAAGCUUUGAUGCUGUGGUAUUUGAUGUUCUUAAGGUUACACCAGAAGAAUAUGCGGGUCAGAUAACACUGAUGGAUGUUCCAGUAUUUAAAGCCAUUCAACCAGAUGAGCUUUCAAGUUGUGGAUGGAAUAAAAAAGAAAAAUAUAGUUCUGCACCAAAUGCAGUUGCCUUCACAAGAAGAUUUAAUCAUGUAAGCUUUUGGUUUGCUUUUGCUGCGUGCUUUACCAUCACUCUUUUCAUUUUAUUUGUUAAUCUAAAGUUUUCUUAUAUUCAUGCUAUUUUUCAUCUUUCUUCCCGCUGUUUCUUAAAUCUUCAGAAACUGUAUGAGCUGAAUAACCUUCAUGCACUUAUGGCAGUGGUUUCUGGCUUACAGAGUGCCCCAAUUUUCAGAUUGACUAAAACAUGGGCGUUAUUAAGUCGAAAAGACAAAACUACCUUUGAAAAAUUAGAAUAUGUAAUGAGUAAAGAAGAUAACUACAAAAGACUCAGAGACUAUAUAAGUAGCUUAAAGAUGACACCUUGCAUUCCCUAUUUAGGUAUCUAUUUGUCAGAUUUAACAUACAUUGAUUCAGCAUACCCAUCAACGGGCAGCAUUCUAGAAAAUGAGCAAAGGUCAAAUUUGAUGAAUAACAUCCUUCGAAUAAUUUCGGAUCUACAGCAGUCCUGUGAAUAUGAUAUCCCCAUGUUGCCUCAUGUCCAAAAAUAUCUGAACUCUGUUCAGUAUAUAGAAGAGCUACAGAAGUUUGUGGAAGAUGAUAAUUACAAGCUUUCAUUAAAGAUAGAACCAGGGACAAGCACACCACGUUCUGCUGCUUCCAGGGAAGAUUUAGUAGGUCCUGAAGUAGGAGCAUCUCCACAAAGUGGAAGAAAAAGUGUGGCAGCUGAAGGAGCCUUGCUACCACAGACACCGCCAUCCCCCCGGAACCUGAUUCCACAUGGACAUAGGAAGUGCCAUAGCUUGGGUUAUAAUUUCAUUCAUAAAAUGAAUACAGCAGAGUUUAAGAGUGCAACGUUCCCAAAUGCAGGGCCAAGACAUCUGUUAGAUGACAGCGUCAUGGAGCCCCACGCACCGUCUCGAGGGCAAGCUGAAAGCUCUACUCUUUCUAGUGGAAUAUCAAUAGGUAGUAGUGAUGGUUCUGAACUAAGUGAAGAGACCUCAUGGCCUGCUUUUGAAAGGAACAGAUUAUACCAUUCUCUCGGCCCGAUGACACAAGUGGCACGAAAUGGCUAUCGAAGCCACAUGAAGGCCAGCAGUUCUGCAGAAUCAGAAGAUUUAGCAGUCCAUUUGUAUCCAGGAGCUGUUACUAUUCAAGGUGUUCUCAAGAGAAAAACUUUAUUAAAAGAAGGCAAAAAGCCUACAGUGGCAUCGUGGACAAAGUACUGGGCAGCCUUGUGUGGGACACAACUUUUUUACUACGCUGCCAAAUCUCUAAAGGCCACAGAAAGAAAACAUUUCAAAUCAACAUCCAAUAAGAAUGUAUCUGUAGUGGGAUGGAUGGUGAUGAUGGCUGAUGAUCCAGAACAUCCAGAUCUCUUCUUGCUGACGGACUCUGAGAAAGGAAAUUCAUAUAAGUUUCAAGCUGGCAACAGAAUGAAUGCAAUGCUGUGGUUCAAGCAUUUGAGUGCAGCCUGCCAAAGUAACAAACAACAGGUUCCUACAAACUUGAUGACUUUUGAGUAAAAGCCUAAGAAGGAGGGAAAGUGAACUAUAGCUCCUGCGUGAGAGCAAGGGCCUGAGAGGAGAGCGCCAACUGUAGACCAGUCCUGGGCCAGGAUGAGCCCAAAGGUUCCGGCUCAGCCUUCGGAGUUCUGAACCAAAAAAGCACUAAUUUCAGGGAAUGAAGUGAGAUAUUCCCAGAGAACAAAUUGGAGUUGCAAAACAAACUGCCACGGACCAGGCUUCUUAUCUCUGAACCGACCUGUGGAAACCACUGCCUUAACAGAAUGAGAGGAAAACCAACGUGAAACACCAAGCAGUGUGUGUGAAGCUUCUGGCGGUGCUGUGCUUGGAAUAGAUCGUAGCUAAUUUGCAUUUCUUUUAACUUUGUACUAAUUUUGGAGGGGGGAAUCACUUUUUUUAGAUACUCUUUAAAAGGAAAAACCUGUUUCUUAGGAGUUUCAUCAGGAGCUGUUUCUGAACUGAGGUGUAAAGCUAGUCUGCCUUAGCGGGACUCCACCAGCCGCCUACCGGAAGGUGUGUUUGGCCUCCAUUAGUCUGCAGCCCCGCUCACUUCUUGCAGCAAGAGUGUAGGCAUUAGAAAUGUUAGUAAUGGGAGUUGUUGGGGGUUGUUUUGUUUUGAAUGAGGGGAGAUUUUUUUAAACACUAAACUUCUGAAAUUUAGUACUGUAAGGGGAACAUUAUUUCCUGCAGGAGGUGUAAAGGCUUGAGUGUUCUAAUGCCAGGCACUUUUUUCAACUGGGCUCCAGAAAGCAUGGUUGUUUUUAACUGGGUUUAAAGUUUAGCCUUCUAUGUGAAUGCAUUGUUGGACCACAGAUCUGCUUAGUAGUGAACUGUUAUCCCAGCCUAGACUUUUCUGAGAAUAUUGUACAGUAAUUAAAAUUUUCAAGUUAAUUGGAUUAUCCCUUCUACCAGUCACAAAUGAUACUUAUCAGCAAAGUGAUCUAUUGAUAGUUCUGUGAGGAUGUUGUCUUUUACAGUGUUUAAUGUGCACGAUGCCAGUUUUGUUUUUUUUUUUUAUUUCUAUUACUUUUGUUCAACAUGAGGUUCAGGAUCACAUUUGUUUAAAAGAGAUUCCACAUAAUGUAUGCAUUUUAUUAUAAGGCAUACAAAGUAAUUUUAGAAGGGAAAAAAGAUGAAAGAUUGAGAUUCUGGGAAUUUUAAGUAUCAAAACUUUCCUUCUUACAUAACCCUUCUUUAUUACAAUAUUUUUCUGAAAACUCACUGUAGAUCCCCACUGUGAAACCGUAUUCCAUCAUUAGUUGACCAAGCAGUUUUGUGAGAGCUCUUCUAUGCAAUAAUUCAUUUUAAUUUCAAAAAUGUUGAAUUAAAAAAAGAAGAAAAGUUUGAAGGUGAAGUGCCUUAGAGUAUUAACAAAAAAAAUGUCACUUGAACAAAGGCUAUGUGUUGGAUUCACAAGCUCAAGAGGCAUCAUAAAUUUUAGCAGUGGCCCCGAGUAAGAAAUGCUUUUUGAUAGAUACCCUCUAAUAGACUUCUGUUUCGUUGAGUCUCCCGUAAAAUUUCUCACAUUUGCAUUCUUAUAGAAUUGUAUACUUUUUUUUAUCAUAAGUAUUUCAUUCUUGAAUCCAUAAAACUUAAAUAGAAAAUACUGCCCCACAGAACAAUUAGCUAAAAAUCAAUCCAAAGGAAAGUAGAAGAGCUUUUUUCUGAGUGCUGAGUUUUUUUCAUUUAGUUUUCUGUUUGGAAAGGAUAGUAAGAAGUAAGAUAUUCUUCAUACAGCACAGUUAGAAAUACCAUUAUUUCUGGUUUUACGGAAAGUGACAUGGCUGGAGAGGGCAAAAUGUUGCCUGUGCUAAAUGAUGUUUUUCAAUUUUUCAACUACUGACCUCCCAAGCUGAAGCCACGUUGGGUACAUGAAAGAUACCAUCUGCUCAGCCAGCAGUAUUACUGUGUAGACCUUGCACAUCUUUCUUUUUGUUUUGCUUUUUUUUUUUAAUUCCUUAGUUUGUUUAUUUCACUUCAGGAAUAAGUGUUUUUAACAGUAUAUGUGCUUUUAAGAAAAUAUUGUGGAUGAGAACCCUGUGGAUUUAUUGUUAUUACUAUUGUUUGUAUUCAUAAAUAAGCUAAGAUAUAUUAUAGUUAAACCAUUCCUGUGGAGAUACACAACUGGAAGUCAGAGCCUGACAUCACAGUUUUGCCAAAGAGAGUGCCUCACUGGAAGAUGUGUUUGGUAUUUUCAGCUCUAAACUUUAAUGGAUGCUUGCACAGAAUAAGAAUAGUGUUCAAAUUUGGUGAAUAAUCUCUGUGUAGAAUUGUGGCCUCUGACUGACUGAAAGUCUUAACAAACUCUUAACAAAACUGCAGUAGAAGUCACCAUUGUUUUUCAGUCUUAGAUUCCUCCAUUCAAAAAAUCAGUUGCUGCUUUUUAAGAUAGUUUUAGCAUUUGAAGCAAAUGGAAACCAGUGAGAGAAGUGAAUUGAAAUAGUGUAGGUGAAUUUUUUAUCUAUAAUUCACCAAAUGAUACCUAAUAAUAAUUCAAGCUAAGAAGACAGGUCACCAAAAUACAUUAAAUAUCUAGUUAGUGUUUUAGUGGGAAGAUAAAUUUUUUUCCUUUCAUUAGGUCCACCCUUAAUAAUAUUAGUAAAUUAGUGACCCAAAAGCUUGAAAUUUCCAUCUAUAUUAAGCUUAUUUCUCUCCUAGCCAAGAAGAACUUAUUAGAAAGUCUAUUACAAUUCAAAUUUAAGCUAGUUCACGGUAAACAUAAUGAUUGGCAUGUUAGACAGCCUGGUGUAGUAGCAUAUAAUACUAGCCAAAAUACAGUUUGAGGCACAUCUCAUGUAACAGUUUAUUGGAGCAAUUUAUUUUGAAUAUAUGGAAGAAACAUUAUCAGUUCUCAAAGUAAAACUAUAAAAAUAACUGCAUAGUGACCAUACAGAGAGUAUUUGGUGUCAUGCCCCCUCUGUUUGGGCUCUGCUUAUUUUUUCAGAGAUAUUUUUACUGUAACCUCCAAACUGUAAGAAUUCAAAGAGAACUGAUCAAGCACACCUUCCUAUUCUGUUUUCUUUACUAUGUAAAUAUUAUUUGUGUAAACAUUAUAAAAAGGGAUCCAAACAAUUUGAGGUUGAGUAUUUUUUUCUCCCUAGGCAUCUGCUUCAAAGAUUUUUUUCCUGUGUGAAAAAUGCCAUAUGACUAUUGCACUACCUUCUCUGUGGACUGUCUUGGUACGGGGUCUUUCUGUAUGUCACAAGUUAGGAUGUUUAUAGUUGCAAAAUUUUUAUAAGUGGCUGUAUUCCUCUUCUAGAAGAUUUAUAAUGGAGCCCAAGGAGUGUUACUGUUAUAGAAGGAAUAGAUGUUUACAGUCUCUAGUGUACACACUCAAUAUAUUAGUUUAAACUGGGCCCGUCUAAGAGCAGCCUAGCCUUGACCUCUUUGGACUCCUAAAGUUUACCUGACCAAAUCUUGAGCAGAAGUCUUUUUUUUUUUUCUUUCCUUGUCUUUUUCCUUUCUUCUCUAGUCUUUUGUUUUUAGGUUAAAUCAGUAAGCAAUACGCCUUUACUACUGAAAGCAAAACUAUAGGGCAUUGUAUUAAUUGAGUGUCAAUAACAGUAGUAGAUUUAAUCCAUUAAUGUUUUAAAAGAUAACAUUAAAAGACUAUAUCCACUAUAUCCUUACUGUUUUUUGAGGCACAUUCCUUUACAACCAGUUUUUAAACCAACCAUAUUAUCUUCUGCAAACAAGGGGUACCAGUGUUCCUUAACAGAAGGUCGUCUUUAAUAAAAGAAACCCUCUGCUUCAAAGGCUUUUGAAAUAAUUGGAUCCCUUUUUGAAAAUGAAGACGAAUUUGACUGUGUCCCAGUGGAGCGAUAAUACUGCUGUUGCAUGAAUAGAUAAUAUAAGGCAAGUGGUGAGGUUUGUCCCACUUCUUCAGUGGUCUUUUAGGGUUUGCUUUUAUUUCUUCUCUCUUCUUUUGUAUUUUUUCUUUCAAACAUAGUAAAUUUAUGAUUUUACAGCCAGAGUGGUAUUCUUUUUUUUUCUAAGCAUUGAGAUACAAACAUUGUUAUUUAAUUAACACUGAUGAUACUUAUUUUCCAUGUGAGGUCAACCUUUUCAGAAGGAUUUAAGUACUUUUUGGUUUUGCUCCCCUAAAAAUGGCUUGUGUCUAAAGUGACUGUUUUUCCUAUUUAGAAGAUUGUAAUACAAGAGAUCUGCGUGCACUCUUAAGCUUAUUGAAAGCAAUUUCAUCACACCAGUAUCUCAUACAGUGGGGGAAAAUUUGGUCAGUGCCUUAACAAUUUGAAGACCAAUUUUAGGGCAUCAAGUAUGACAAUAAUCAUUUGCCCUCUUACUCCUCUUGUUUCAGGAGUGUGUGCUCUGUCUCUCUCCACCAGCUUACUCUUUCUCCCAGCAAGUCUAAGAAAGUCUGUGCAGAUGCCUGUAGGUGAUUGUUGCAGUCCUUCUUGGUUUUAAGUCUCUUUAGACAAGCUUCCUCCCUGCUCCCCUCCUUCCAGAGUAAGAGAUAAAAAAUAAACCCACCAAAAUCAACCUUUAAAUAAGCACUUUUAAGAACAACUUUGAGGCACAUCCAUCCAGCUAAGUUUAUUUUUAUUUUGUGGUAUUGAUGUUGUUUUGAGCAUAGAUUUAAUUGCAAAAGCCUUUCAGAAAAUCCCUGAAAGAAUACAGUGCAGCCAGAAAGAUUGGUCUGGGUUUUAUUAAAGCUACUGAAAUCUUCUAAUGGACUCCCUCUGGUCCAGAAAUGAGUUUUAGUUUGGUUCAUUCUUCUAUUUAAAUAAGACUCAGAACAAAUAAGUUGCUUAACCUACCAACUAUUGUUUAUUUGAAAAUAUUAUGGCAAGAAAGCAAAAAACUCCAAUAUAUAAAGGGAAGUUAAGAGACUAAACUAGCUUUCUCAGUAAAAGCAGAGCUUGGAAACAUUUUGCUUCUCUGAGAUAUUGCAAGAUCUAGAACUACUGUUCAACUGAGUCAAGAUGCUAUUUUCACAUGUUAAAGGACUAGUAUGUUCUGAAUGCACAAAUACACAUAGUCUGUAAAGACAAAUGAAGGGUUAGCUGGUCCUUGAAGGUUAGCAGAAUUUAAAUUUUGAGUCUGGUCAUUUGGACUGCAAAAUGGCGAUGGGAUUAAAGGGAUACAUAGAGUACUUUGGGAUUUAACUUUUUUUUAAUAGACAAGCAGAAAAUUUCAUAAAUAUUAGCUGUGCUUUAGAUACUGGGUAAAAUGUUAAGUUUCCCCUGAAGAUAAUCACCUAUUAGAACUAUUCACAAAUGGAGCCCAAUAAUUACUAGCUUACUAGGUCUGACGGAGUAGCUGAUAAGAAGUCACCACACUCUCAAGAGUUUCUACACCUUAAUUAUUGACAAAUUCAUUGUUUCACAGCCUUUACUUCAGGAAAGUGUGUAUGUGAGGGAAAAGGGCGGGGAACUCGUUCUCAGUGUAAUCUGAAGGAGAUCAAUACCUGUGGAUACGUAUCCAAUGAUAAUAUAUAUACAGGAAAACACAAGCCAUUUUUAUUUCCUUUUAUCCGGUUGACCUGAGGUACUCUGAUGAAUGAGGUAAUCUGAUGAAGCGCUCGGUGGCACUAUGACCUCCUGGGGCGAUGUGCAACCUGGUUCCUCUCUCUCACUUUUUGUUUCUACUUAAUAUGCAAAUGUGAGUGUGAGAUUGUCAGUGUGUUUGCAUAAGCUAACUUAAAAUGAAUUUACAGUUUUCUGAAAUAUUUCUAUUGAAAUAAAUGACUUAAGAAUA